UGGGCCUGGCUGCGCGCGAGAGCCGGGGGUCAGGGCCGGGCUUGGGGUGAACCGACGGAGACCGGGAUGGGGACCAGACAGGCGCCGCCGGGGAGACUGUGUCACUGCGUCUAUCUAUGUGAGAGGCUGCGGGUGUGACAGCAUGUGAGCUUCUGUGUCACCGUGUGUACGCGCGACUGUGACCGUCUGUCUCCGGUGUAAAACUCUUUUGAGUACAUGUGUAUUUGGGUGUGACCGUCUCCGCAGGUAUAACUGUGUUAUUGUGUAUGGGUUUGUGAGAGACUGCGGGUGUGACAUUACCUGUAUGUGAUUUUGUUUGACCACUUGUCUCUGUGGAUAUAACGGCGUUUGAAUGUGUGUGACAGAAAGUGUGAUUAUGUGCCCAUGACCGUCUCUCCAGGUAUCAUUUUGUAUGAGUAAUUGUGGCAGGAUAUGUGACCUUGUGUGGUAUGUCACUGUGUAUGAGAUUGUGUGUGACUGUGUCUGUUGGAGUAAUUGUGUAUCGUCAUCUCUACUUUUGUGUUAAUGCCACUGUCUUUGUAUGUGACAUUACAGUUGCGAUUGUGUGUCCAUAUAUAUGUGUGUGAUUGGGUGUGAAUUUGUAUGUGAGACCUAGUGUGUGGUUGUGAGGCACAGAAAGAUCAACAUUACUCACCCACAUUCACAGUUACUGAGUGACAGAACUGGGACUUAAGCCCAGGCUAUUUGGCUCCAGAGUCCUUGCUUUUAAUUACUAAACUCUCUUGAUUUUUCCCACGUUGUGAGAGUGAAAAAUGGGGGCCCUGGGUUCUGAGGGUAUUGGAGAGGAUUGUCCUUGGUCUUGGACUAGGAACCUUCUGGACAUGGAAUUUAAUCUGGGUCUCUUCCUUUGGUCCCCUUGUGAGUCACAGAACCCAGUCUAAACACACUGUAGUGAGACCAUCCUCAUAUUGGCCGCCUUUGGAGGGGGAAAGCCUAAUCUGAAAGCCCAGUAUUCCUCUCCUUAGGGCACGGAGUUUGAGAUUUUAGGUUUGUUUUUGUUAAAACUCUUCAUGCUUGUUACAGAGAGAGGCUGAUACAUGGCUCUUUUUCUCCUGUGCCAAGUGAGCUAAGUUUUUGGUUCUGACUUUUCCAGUUAAUUAAAAAAAAAAACUUCUUAUUUUCUUUUCAAAUGUUGUGUAGAAUUAACUGGGAACAAGGGUGGCACUUCUCUGGGCCAGGAGUUGGCUCAAGCAAUCCUGACAGUGAGGAAAGAAAGAUUCUGACAGUUGGAUUGAUUUGCCGAAGGUCAUGUAGCCCACAAGGGAAGCAUGGAGGGCCAGUGUGCAUCUGGGGGAUGGGAGCUAUAUAAAGCCCAAGUCUUUUCCAUCACCUUCCUUCAGAGAUUCAUGGUUCAUCUCAAACUUGAAAAUUAUCACUCAAGUGAUACACAGCUAUUUUAAACAGAAAUUUAAAAGAUAUUUCUGUUAUGUAGAAGCUACUUGGGGUUCCCAGAUGCUGAGAAAACUUCAUUGAUUCUCCUCUUGGGUUGCAAAGGCUUUUAUGGACAGUUUCAAGCUGCGUUGCACUGACGAAAUAAUUUUCUUAGAGAUUAAGCUGACUAGUGCAGAGUAGCCCAGAAUUAGGGGGUUGUAUAUCUUAAAUUCUAGGUCAAAUACAACUAUCCUUUUCAGAAUGAAGAAAUGUUGGCUCUGAGAAAGCAAGGAACUUAUUUCAGGCUGUGCAGUUUAUUGUUGGUUUGGUAUUGAAAUUUGCAGUGUUUGCCUCAGGCUGAAUUUCUGUGGAGUAAUAAAGGUAACACCUGCCACUUCCAAAGAUGCUUCUCUAAAAAAUAUAUAGCAUUGAAUUCUCAGGUUAUGUUGACUAUUGCCCAUGUGGACAUUGUGGUCUCUUAAAAGAGGACCAGUUUUUGAGUCACACUGCAGUUUGACUCUUAUGGCUUUGAGUUAGCUGAUUAAGCUUUUUGAACCUCAGUUUCACUUGUUGUUAAAUGUAGAUAAUAAUAUCCACCUUGGCAGUUUUGUGAAGAUUAAGUAAGACAAUGACAUAUACAACAUGUGUAGCAUUGCCGUUUAUAUGACAGGAGCCACAGUGAGAUUUAUUUAUUUGUUUAUCAAAUAUGUUUUGAGCAUCUACAAUGGUUCUGGCAUUAUUCUAGUACUAGAGAUAUACCAGUGAACCCAACAAGUCCUAGCUCUCUUAAAUCUUAUACUAUUCUUUGAGAAGACAACAGUAAACAGAAAAGAGAAGUUACAUCUCCAGUGGUAUUAAAUGCUAAGAAGAGAAGUAAAUCAAGAUAAGGAAAAAUAGUAACUGGAAGGGAGGUUCUCUUUAGACAGAAUAGAGAGGUCGCUCCAGCAGUUGAGCACAGAUAGGAAUGAAGAGCAGGAGUGUGCCGUGUGCAGGCAGAAGGCAAAGUCAAGGCAAUGGUCUUCAAAAAGGAGUAUGCACAGUGUUUGAGGAACUGUACGGAGAUCUGUGUGCCUGGAGUAGGGUGAGUGAGCGGGAGAGGAGUGGGAAAUAAGGUCUAAGGGGCAGCUGGGGCUAGAUCAUACAUUGUCUUGUUGGGCAUAGGGUGGACUUUAGAUUUUGUUGAGUCAGGCUGUGUGUGCUUAAGAUCAGUCAGGACUUCAGGGGUUAAGUUCAGCUUUGGCCUUUUUUCCUCAGAUCUGAAAGUGGAUAUGGUUGGUCAGCAUAAGAAGACUUGGGACCAUAAAGGGGCAAAAAACUCUGUCAUUCUCAGAUCAGCACCAUAGGGCUGGCCUGCCUUUUUCCUCUUCUUUAACUCUCCCUUCUCAGGACUCUGUUCUCCAAAAGAGAAAAUUGAAGAAGGAAGGAAGAAUGGCUGUUGGACUAUGUAAAGUCAUGUCCCAGGGUUUGGUGACCUUCAAGGAUGUGGCUCUAGAUUUUUCCCAAGAGGAAUGGGAAUGGCUGGACUCUUCUCAGAAGGAUUUAUACAGAGAUGUCAUGUUGGAGAACUACAGGAACUUGGGCUCUCCAUUUCUAAGCCCAACAUGAUCUCCUUAUUGGAGCAAGGGAAGGAGCCUUGGUUGGUGGAGCGAGAGAUGUCAGAUGAUCAGUAUGCAGAGAGUGGUUGGAGCUCCAGGCACCUGAGAAUCCUCCAUGUUAGAGAAUGUCGGCAUCUUCUCCUCAGUCUUCUUUUACUCAGCAUUACCUUAGACUGGGAGUCUUGGUAUGAAAUCAAGGCAUUAUCUCCAAAGUGGUACAUUGAUGAAGAGGAAAUAUCCCAGGGGAUGAUAAUGGAAAGACUGACAAGUUACGGCCUUGGACGCUCGUGUUUCAGAGGAGCCUGGAAACGUGAGGGUGAAUUUGAGCUGCAUCAAGGAAAUCAGGAGAGGCAUUUCAGGCAAGCGACAACUCUUAAGGAAAUCUCUGCUGGGAAAAGAGACAAUGAGUAUAAUAAUUCUGAGAGAAACGUUCUCUUGAAGUCAGUGCUUUUAACACAACGGAGAGUUCCCACAGUAGAGCAAGUACAUAAAUUUGAUAUUUAUGACAAAAUGUUCCCCCAAAAUUCAGUCCUAAUUGAGCAUAAAAGACUGCAUGCUGAGGAUGAAUCUUUGAUAGCUGAUGGAUGUAAAGAACUCAACCAGAGUACAAACCUCAGUAAAGAGGCAGAAAUUCCUCCUGGGGAGAAACCUUAUGAAAGUAAUGAUUUUUCAAAUCUCUUAAGUUUCCACUCAUUACUUACUCAGCAUCAGACAACUCAUUUUGGGAAAUUACCCCAUGGAUAUGAUGGAUGUGGUGAUGCCUUUAGCUGUUACUCAUUCUUUACUCAACCUCAGAGAAUUCACAGCAGAGAGAAACCAUACGCAUGCAAUGACUGUGGAAAAGCCUUUAGCCAUGACUUCUUUCUCAGUGAACAUCAGAGAACUCAUAUCGGGGAGAAACCAUAUGAGUGUAAGGAAUGUAACAAAGCUUUCAGACAGAGUGCACACCUUGCUCAACAUCAGAGAAUCCACACUGGAGAGAAACCCUUUGCAUGCAAUGAGUGUGGGAAGGCAUUCAGCCGUUACGCCUUCCUUGUUGAACAUCAGAGAAUUCACACAGGAGAGAAACCAUACGAAUGUAAAGAAUGUAACAAAGCCUUCAGACAGAGUGCACACCUUAACCAACAUCAGAGAAUCCACACUGGAGAGAAACCCUAUGAAUGUAAUCAGUGUGGGAAAGCCUUCAGCAGACGCAUAGCCCUUACUCUGCAUCAAAGAAUUCAUACAGGAGAGAAACCCUUUAAAUGUACUGAAUGUGGGAAGACCUUUGGAUAUCGCUCCCACCUUAAUCAACAUCAGAGGAUUCACACCGGUGAAAAGCCCUAUGAGUGCAUCAAGUGUGGGAAGUUUUUUAGGACUGACUCACAACUUAAUCGACAUCACAGAAUUCAUACUGGAGAGAGACCCUUUGAAUGCAGUAAAUGUGGGAAAGCCUUCAGUGAUGCUUUAGUUCUAAUUCAUCAUAAGAGAAGUCAUGCAGGAGAGAAACCAUAUGAAUGUAACAAAUGUGGGAAGGCCUUCAGUUGUGGCUCAUACCUUAGUCAACAUCAGAGAAUUCAUACUGGAGAGAAACCCUACGAAUGUAAUGAAUGUGGGAAGGCUUUCCAUCAGGUCUUGUCCCUUCGGCUGCACCAGAGAAUUCAUGCUGGAGAAAAGCCCUAUAACUGCAAUGCAUGUGGGAACAACUUUAGCUGUGCUUCAGCCCUUAGACGACAUCAGAAAAUUCAUAGUAGAGAAACUGACUGUGUGUAACAAGUAUAAGAAAGAAAACACUUAGUCACUACUCAGUCCUUAUUAAAUCAAUAUCAGCGAAUUCUUCAGAUAGUAAUUCUAUGAAUGUAGUACAUGUGGAAAAGCCUUCAGUUCAUGAGCAUCCCUCACUUGAAACAGCCUGAGUAGUAGACGUCCGUUACUUUGGGAUCUGUUCUACGCACCAUUUGAGACUUACCUCACCCUCAAUGCACAUCAUUCCGGUGAAGCUGUUUAAUCAGGGAGAGCUGUGGAUUGGUCAGAGGCUGGCCAAUUAUUUUCCUCAACCUAAUGAUGGAUAGGGAUUUAGAAAUGGCCCUGUCUAGACUGAAGAGCCAUAGGCGGGUAUUGUUAUGGGUUGUAAGAGAAGAUCAUUUCCCCGCUCCUGGAAUUGGAAGUUUCAAGGAUUUAGUAAGGCUAAAAUCUCACCAGUAACCUUUUUGCCACCACAUGAAGGAAGCCUUCCCGAGAUAAAUCCAACAACAUAAAGGGAAAAUGGAGGUAAGAGACAGAAAUCUGAGGAUAUUAUGUGAUCUUCUGGAUCCAGUCAUGCCUGAAGUCUACACCAUCUUUUGAUUUUUCAUUUUUGUGAUCCAAUAAAUUUCCUUUUUUUGCUUGUUAAUUUAA